UUGAAGGAGAGCUGGGAGCAAAGUUGCAAACUGUUGGUCCUGGGCUCACUGAGCUGCAGACGCGUUAUUUUGGCCAGGACAGUGUUUGGAAAAAUUUUUUGAACCUGUUGCCAGAAUUUUUAAAUUGGGAGAUUUACACAUAAAAUCUAAAUUUCCUUAUUUAAAAUUGGGCGACUGGGUAACAAUCUUGAAUUCCCGUAAGACACCAUCAUUUGGAGCUGGGUGGUGGUUGCCGCUCAAAUGGAGCUUGAGCUUCCUAGUUUGCCACAGUCCACACCACUCCCUGUCUUUCCCCACCCUGAGGUUAGACGUCAGUUGCCAUUUAUCACAUUUAUGAUGGCGUUUUACUUUAGUGAAGUUAAGGGGAAAGUGAAGUAUUUCUUAUACUUAACGUUUCUAUCAAAACUGAGAAAAAAUAUAUAAAGUAGGCAGAGGAUUUCAAGAAAAUUUUUUUCUCGUGCCCUGACCAGCUUUACUCAUUUAUUUCCCGCCUGGAGUCCACAGGCAUUGACAUUUGUGAUCUUGGUUAGAUUCAGGAAUGAGCAUGACAAGCUCAGAGCACAUUGAAGAGAACGACUGAGUGAAAGCUGAGGAUUAAUUCUGGAGCCUGUGUUGUCAUGUGUUGUUUAGAUACAUACAUUGUAUAUGUACAAAUAAUGCACUAUACAUAUCUGUCUACCUAGAGUUGUCACCCAACUCAUAAAUCUUCAAAACAUCCUGACAAGUGAGGCCAUGAGUAAUGUAGACUCUUUUAAAGGCAAAAUAUUUUCACAGAUCCUCAAGGCUCACUUAAAUAAGUUGAUGUUACCCAAAUAUGUUCAAACCUAAACUCGUUAGCCACAUAGUGUUCUUUGCUUAUAGCUGUGAUACAACCAUGAACCAAAACGCAUGUACAAAAUAAACACAAGUAAAGUUACAAAUGCAAUAAGUGCAAAUUAACAACAUUAAUUUAAUGUGACAGAUGCUGUAGUGCUGAAUUGAAUUGAGGCUCUCAUUGUGAAUAUGGUGCUAACUUAACUUCUAUAGCUCAGUUCUCUUGAGUUUAGCAAGACUAAUCACCUGGCCCUUGUGAAAACUGAAUUUGGCCACUUUUCUCUUGAUCUCAUCACUACAAAAUUAUGAUGUCACUUUACCUUUCACCUGUUGUAGGGCAUCAUUUAGAUGUUAGGUCUGCCUGUGGUCUUUUCCCCUCAGCCAGUCGCAAGUAAAAUAAUAUUACUUGGCUCCGCUGUGUUCAUAAAUGCAAACACAAAUGGUAACACUGAAUUUGCUUUGAAAUAUUUGCUUAGUUAAAAUUUUUAAGGGUUAUUAUCAUAAUGACAUCACAAAAUUGAAACACUUCUGAAAGAGAACUCUUAGAUCCCCAAGCGUAUAUUUGUGAAUUUCCAAGGAUCCAAAAAUCUCAGAGAAGAAUCUGUCUAGUUCAUUAUUGGUAACUGGAUGGCAGCUAUGUUACCUUCCCAUUGCCAGCCCAUGGCAGACAUCACUAAUCGAUCCUUGCACUCUUUCCCCUCUGAGCCUGGGUUGGACUCAAGUCCUUCUCUGCAUACUCACAGCAAGUCCUUCAGAUUUGGAGUUAAAUAUUUGUGUAGUAGGUGGAGUGAAUUAGAUUAUGGAGAGUUCUUAACUCUGCAUUAUCGGUUCAGUCUUAUCAAGAAGCAGUGGGAAAUUUUUGAGAAGGGAGUACUACGAGGAUUAGCUCAGUGGUGGUGCCUGGGAUAGUAAGGAGAAGGAGGAAAAGUGGAGGCAGGUAUGCCUGGGGAAGAGUCUAUAUUCACUUGGUAGUAUUUGAGUGGCCACUCUGUAGCUAAUGGUGUGUUUGUGGGGGGUUGGGGAAAAGACAUGGUGCUUUUCUUCAAGGAUCUUAAUAAUUUACUCAACAAAAAUUUAUAAAGUCCCUAGUAUAUGCCAUGGUAAAGUAGAGGAUCAGUGAAAAAGAGGAAGACCCUUAAUGAGAUGGAUUGACACGGUAGCUGCAACAAUGAGCUCAAGCAUAACAGCGAUUGUGAGGAUGGCGCGGGACUGGGCAGUGUUUUGUUCUGUUGUGCAUAGGGCCACUAUGAGUCGGAACCAACUCGACAGCACCUAACAACAGCAAUGGUGUAUGCCAGAGUUGGGAUGGACAUUGGGUAUGUAGUAGUGAGCAAGACACAUUUUCCUUAUGGGUUUUAGGAUUUAAUGGUGAAGACAUUCAUUUAACAAGUAGGACACAUUUUGAUGAAAGUUACAAAAGGGAAAGUAGAUGGCUCUCUAGGAGUAUGUGGUAGGGAGUCCUCACUUCUUCAGGGGCCUAAAGGAUGAGUGGGAGUGGGGAAGGUAUUUGAUGGCACAUGUUUAUGUGUUGAGGGAAGAAGAAUGUUUCAGGCACAGAGAACAGGUGUUCAGCAAGGGGACAAGGAAGGUGAUUUGAGAUGAAGCUGGAGAGGUUCACAGGGGUCAGAUUGUAGAGACAAGACCUGGGACUUCAUCCUAAGGAUAAGGACAAUAGAAAGUCAUUUUAGAGUUGCACCCGGAGAGAUUUGCAUUUUCAAAGAUCCUUCUUGCUCCAGUGGUGGUGGAUAUAAUAGAGGAGGAGCAGCAGAGAAACGGUUCUGAGUCUGUGAUAGUAGCCUAGGAGAGGUGAUGAUGGCAUUGACUAGGGUGGUAGCAAUGCAGAGGCAGAGAGGUGAACAAAUUGAUCCUUAGGAGGUAGAAAGGACCAGAUUUGUGAGUGGUUAAAAGGGAUGAAGGAAAGAGAAGACUCGAGGAUGAUUUCCGGCUUUUAGGCUAAAGCCAUUUCAGGAGUAUCCUCAAUCAAGAGAGGGAACACUGGCAGAGGAGCAGGGUUUGGCAGUUGGGAGAUGUUGAGAUGCUUGUGAGGCAUUCAGUUAAAGAUGGUCCAGCAGCAGUUGUUUAUAUGGCCUUGGAGCUCAGGAGGGAAGACUGGACUAGUGAUAUAAAUUUGGGAAUCUUUGGUGUAUACCCAUUGAAGAAGAUUCAGCUGCCUAGGAAGAAUAUGUAGAACAGGUAUUGCAGACUGGUACGCUACAUUCUGUAUUUGGCCCUCUAAUAUGUUUUCUCUGGGUGUAAAAUGUGUUUUAAAAAAAUGAAGGCCGACAAUGAAUAUUUGAAUUUAACACUGAAAUUUGGACUUUCAUUUCCAUUGAGAAAUGAGAUCAUCUGGCAACAGGGACCCCACAUUUCUGCAUGGCAGCAGUUGCCUGGAGCUACGUAGUUAAUGACUGGUCCCAUUAGACAGGGCACGUGUGUUCCUCAGUUUGCCACAAUCCCCACCAUUCCUCCCCCUAUGGUGUUCUUCACAGUGAGUCCACCUCAUUUCACUUGUCUUCCCUACUUGGCACCUGUAGGCAUUUGAGUUUAUUACCCCUGUUAUAGAGGGAAAUGUGAAGAGAGCCUAGGAUAAGCCCAAGUUACUCCACCAUUUAAAGGGGAGGUAGAGGAGGAGAAGCCAGGAAAGAAGACUGAAGAGUGGCCAGAAAGUUAGGAGAAAAGCCAAGAGAGUUAUUGUGAAGAGGAGGGAAUACUGACCAGCUGAAUCUGGUGCUGCUGACUUGGUCUAGCAUAAGACCAUGUCCUUUUGUCUAGUCAUGCGGAGGUACUCAGUAACUGUAGUGAGAGUUGUUGCAUUCAGAAGGUGCUGUGUGGAAGGCAGAUUGCAAAGCAUUGAGGAGUGAAUGGGAGGAAACGGAACAAGUUUCUGGAAACUUGUUCAAGAAGUUCAGCUAUGAAGGACAACAUGGUGUUGAGAAGCCAUGGGAUAAACUUAUCAUAUCAGCCUGGAGCAUUAAUUUGUCUUGAAUAUUUGUGAAAAACCACUAUUUUUAUAUAUAAACGAACAAGCAAUAGAUAUGUUAUAGAGUAGUGAGGCCUUUGACAAAGGAGUAGAGAGAGAUGAGAAAGAUUAGGUUGAAGCUAAAUACUGAGAGUUGUCUUUGCCAGGCAUUGUGCAAAGGCCUUUAUGUGCAUUAUUUCAUGUCCUCUCAGUGACCCCUGGGGUAUCUAGUAUAUUCCUCAUUUUGAUGGAAUGACUGGUAAGUGGCAGAGCUGGAGUUUGAAUGUGACUGUUAACGUUGAACGUCUAUAUACUCAACCACUUUUUAUUUUCCAUAUGAAUAUCCAGUUGUACCAGUAACAUUUGUGAAAAAACUUUCCUUUCCCUAUUGAAUUGCUGUUGGACCUUUGUCAAAAAUCAAGUGACCAUAUAUGUGUGUGUCUAUUUUUGGACUCUUUCUUCUGUCUUGUUGAUCUAUAUGUCUCUCUUUUUGCCAAUACUAUCUUGAUUACUCAGGCUUCAUAGUAAGUCUCCAAAUCAGGUAACCUGAGUCCAACUUUGCUGUUUUUUAAAAUUGCUUUGGCUAUUCUCGGUCAUUUGCCCAUACAUAUGAAUUUUAAGACUGUCUUGUCAAUUUUUACUUAAAAAGCUUCCUGAGAUUUUGAUUGGGGUUGUGUUGAAUCUUGACUUUUUGAAAAAAGGAAUUAGUGAGACUUGGAUCUCAUUUCAUAUGGGCAUUGAAGGAAAGUCCACUAAAGUGUGUGACCUAGGCCAAAGGUUGCUACCUCAAAUUACAGGGUCAGGCAGGUGAAGAAAAUGAGUGGAGGGUCCAGGAGUAAGAUGAUAAAUGGUAACUCAUCCUGGGCGGUAGUCCGGGAGUAACAGGGUACAGUGAGGACUUGGGUAAACAGGAGAACCCAAGUCCUGUCUAAGGAGGCAGCCACUUCUCAGCUCUAUCCAUUGUUGCCAUGCAAGAAUAUGGGUUCAGUGUUGCCUGAUCUUUCAAUCAACAGAAGUUAGGAAUCCAGAUUUUUAUGCAGUCUCUUCAGUUUUAAGAUUAGAAUUUAAAACAUUGAGUGAUUUAACAUCAUGUGGGUCAGACAGAAUACACUAGGUUAAAUGUGGCCUGUGGGCUGCAAGUUUGUGACCUCUCCUUUUGUCUAAUCAAUCUUUGGUGCUCAUUUUCAUCAACUGUAAACUUUAAGGUGUUGAAGGCACGCUCUAAGGUGCUAUCUAGCAAAUUCUUCUAAAUUUCAAAACAAGAAUAAAAAUAACCCAAGGUUUUAAGAAGUAACUGAGAAUCUCAGUAAUAAUGAUAUCUUGAGAAGUUUUCAAAUGCUUUACGUUUUAUACACCACUGUCAUGUCUGUUGUCUCUUUUAAUCCUGACGUCAUCUUUGUGAAGUAGAGAUCAGAAUGAUUUGCCCAAUAACAUAGGAGCCCCAGGUUGCAAAGCCAGGUCUUCUGAUUCCAAAUCGAGUGCUGUUUUUAUUACAGCCCAGUAGUCUCUGAAGGCUCUGGUAAAAGGACUUCGGAGGGGAGAGCAGAUAAUGGGGGAAUGUGAGGACCUUAAACUCAGUUGAAGGCAGAUCUUUAGUAGAUUUAGAACUUAGCUUGGUUGAAGUGUCAAGGCUUAUGGGUAAGAACUUGUGAGAACUUUCUGAAGGCAGGAAAUUUGGCACAUAUUCAUCUUAGUCAGCCAGUGCCUGGCGCAGUACUUGACACAGAGUUAAAAGUUUUUGUGUAAGUGAAUAAAUGGAUGGAUUCAUGGAAGAAGGAAUAAAAGGCUUUAAAUCAAGGUGACCAAUAAUUUUGUUUAGAGAAUUUCAAGGAUAAAGAGUCAAACGCUUCUGUAAAGUGCUUUUAGAAUGUUAAGAUGGAAAACUGAGAGACUUUAUUCUUGUAAUUCAGCUCAUGAAUGGAAAAAGCUCACCAUGUCCUCCUUCUCAUAUUUAACUCUCAGAUCUGGGUUUUGAUUAAUAGAUUAUAAUCAUAUCCCAGUGCAGUAUGUUUGAGAAAUCAAACACUGUAGAUAUAAGAAAGUUAAACCAGGCAGCCAAAAUAUUUUUUUUAUGCCUUUAAAACUUCCAAACAGAUACAAGUCCUUAUCUUUUGGAGAUGCAUAUUGAAAUAUGAAAUGAUAGGAUAUCUGGGAUUUCAUUGAGCAGAGUGCAGGGGAUGGUGGAGGGGGGUUAAAGAUAAAACAAGAUUGAAUAUACGUUGUUAAUUGUUAAAGCUGGAUAAUGGGUAGGUGGGGUUUUAUUAUACUAGUCUCUAUGUUUUGCACAUAUUUGAAAUUUUUCAUAAUAAAAAGUAAAUACAAAACAAAGUCAGAGAGCUUCACAGACUCAACAGUGCUAUUUGUCAACCAAAGUUCACUUUUCUCUGAGCUUGUGUGAUCACUGUGGGAGGAACAGCAAAGGAAAAGAGCAUGGUGGAAUAGCAGUGUGGGCUCUGAGUCAGACAGCCGUGGCUCGGGCUCUGGCUGUGAUCUUGGACAAGACACUGAACUUGCCUGAGUCUGAGUCUCCAGGUCUGUAGAAGCAGAAUACCGCCGUCUCCCUUGCAUGGUUGUGGAGAGGGUUAGGGAUGAAUUGUGCAAAGCAUCUUAGGACAGCCCCUGGCCCAUGUGGGGGGCUCAGAUCCGGGUUUGUUUGUUUUUUUUUUUUUUUUGUAUUAUUAGUCAGUGAUAGUUAGAGAGUAAUAAAAGGACAACAGUCUGCCUCAGGGCACCCAUGGAUAGCUUCCUUCUUCCCUGUAUGAAUUGUAAGUGCCAAAGUUUUAUAUAACCACAAAACCAAUUUAUUAUUUUAGAAAUAACUCUUAAAGACCAAAUCAGACCACUCUGGGGUUUACAAGAACUGUAACUAUUUUACUGCCUUUUAAAAAUGAAGUAAGGAAGAAAUUGCAGAAGAAAAGUAUAUUAAAACAGUGGGAUAGCAUUUUAUACCUGUUAAAUUGGCCUCCUUUCUUAUCCCAGUUAAUGAUAAUCUUUGGUGUUAGUGACUUUUUAGUGAAACUUUUCUGAUAUGUAAAUUCGUAAACCUUUAGAAAAGCAUUAUGGCAGUGUGCAUCUAGAGCCAUCCAAAGGCCAUACCUGGUGACUUAGUAAUCACUCUUUGGAAUGUGUUCUAAGGAAAUAAUUCAGAAGAAGAAAUUAUUGUGUAAUAACAGAGAAGGCUUGUGAUGUAAGCAUGCAAGAUGGUAUCUAUGUUAUGAUCACGGCUAUGCAGUUGUUACACAGAAAUGUAAAUGGAGAAAGGAAAAGAAUUAAUGUGUUAGGGUUGUAGAUACUAGUUUAGUUUUUCUUCUACUGCUGUUAAAGAUGUGCCUGCUUGCCUACACAUCCACACUGAAAAGCCUUGCAAGUAUACCUUUCUGUGAUGACUUGGGACAUUUGGAACACAGGUAAAUUCUUUCCAAAAAUAGAGUUGUCAAAAACCAGAAAGCACUGGAAACCCGAAGACCGUGAUUAUUUAAGUAGAAAAGAAAUUAAAACCAAGGCUUUCAUUCUUGAACCAUUGUCAGUACAAAAUACUGUACUUUGAUGCUUCCUUUAGAUCUUUGCUGUCAUCUCUCAACAUUCUUGAAAUGGCUUUGCUUCCAGGUUCAAUUUCAGAAGCUUCAGCAACUGCGCCUUACCCAGUAUCAUGGAGGAUCCUUGCCAAAUGUGAAUCAGCUGCGUAGCAGUGCAUCGGAGUUUCAGCCGUCAUUUCAUCAAGCUGAUAACAUUCGAGGAACCCGCCAUCAUGGGCUAGUGGAGAGACACACCAGGAACCGCUUCCACCCCCUGCAUCGAAGGUCUGGGGACAAGCCAGGACGACAAUUCGAUGGUAGUGCUUUUGGAGCCAACUAUUCCUCACAGCCUCUGGAUGAGAGUUGGCCAAGGCAGCAGCCUCCUUGGAAAGAAGAAAAGCAUCCUGGAUUCAGGCUAACAUCUGCACUUAACAGGACCAAUUCUGAUUCUGCUCUUCACACAAGUGCUCUGAGCACCAAGCCCCAGGACCCCUAUGGAGGAGGGAGCCAGUCAGCCUGGCCUGCCCCAUACAUGGGUUUCUGUGAUGGUGAGAAUGACGGACAUGGGGAAGUGGUAUCUUUCCCUGGCCCAUUGAAAGAAGAGACUCUGUUAAAUGUUCCCAAGCUGCUGCCAAAACAGCUGUGGGAGACCAAGGAGAUACAGUCCCUGCCAGGGCGCACUCGAUCCUGUGAUGUCGGAGGUGGCAAUGCCUUUCCACAUAGCAGUCAAAACAUAGGCCUCUCAUCCUUUCUGGGAACCUUGAACACUGGGGGGUCAUUGCCAGAUCUAACCAACCUCCAUUACUCGGCACCCCUGCCAACCUCCCUGGACACUGGUGACCACCUCUUUGGGAGUAUGAGUAUGGGGAAUAGUGUGGGCAACCUCCCAGCUGCUAUGACUCACUUGGAGAUAAGAAACUCCUCUGGUCUCCAGAGUUCUCGCAGUAACCCCUCCAUCCAAGCCACACUCAAUACAACAGUGCUUUCCUCCUCCCUGAAUAGCCACCUGCAGACAUCCGCCCCCAGCACCUCUGCUCUUCACCCUUCGCUCCGUUCAUUUUCCCGUAGCAACCCAUCCCUUCCCACCACAAACCUGAGUGGCCCCUCUCGGCGGAGGCAGCCUCCCGUCAGCCCUCUCACGCUUUCUCCUGGCCAUGAAGCACACCAGGGUUUCAACAGACAGCUCUCUUCAACUAGCCCACUGAACCCAUAUCCUGCCUCCCAGAUGGUGCCCUCAGAUCAAAGCCCGCUUUCCUUCCUGCCCACAGAAGCUCAAGCCCAAGUGUCCCCGCCGCCCCCUUACCCCACGCCCCAGGAGCUCCCCCGGCCUCUUCUCCAGCAGCCCCGAGCCCAGGAGCCCCCAGCUCAGCCGCCCCAGGCGGUCUCAGCACUGCCCCAGUCGGACUUCCAGCUCCUCACGUCCCAGGGCUCAUCUUUGACCAGCUUCUUUCCAGAUGUGGGCUUUGACCAGCAGUCCGUGAGGGCAGGCCUGGCUUUUCCUCAGCAGGUGCCCCUGUUGCAACAAGGUCACCGAGAACCGCAGGACUCACUUUAUUUAAGACCAAACCUGUAUCCCAACUGUGGGAGCUUCCCAAACACCAUCCUGACAGAAGACUCGAGCACCAGCCUCUUCAAAGACCUCAGCAAUGCGCUGGCAGGCAUGCCUGAGGUCAGCCUGAAUGUGGACAAUCCAUUCCCAUUGGAAGACGAGCUCCAAAUUGAACCCCUGACCCUGGACAGACUCAACAUGCUAAGUGACUCCAGCAUGGGCCUGCUGGACCCCUCUGUUGAAGAGACAUUUCGAGCUGACCGACUGUGAACAGAAUGGAGCAGAACAGGAGAAUUUAUUUCUGAAACAGCCAAAAUAGAAUGGAGCCAGCUGUACGCCUGGGCUGUAGUUAUCUCGGGCUUCUGACAUGGAACAAACCAAUUCCAAUACUCCAAGCUUCCAGAUGAGUUCCCAUGACUUAUUCUAGACUGCAGGGCUACACACCAUCUCUCAGGCCCACGGCGCAGGCUGCUUGGGGGCUUCUGGUGAACUUGACAGCUCAUCUCCGUGACCAUCUCACCUUUAGCCAGCUGAUGUGUAAAAGUAGGAAACACCAUGUAAGGAGGCCUUGGCAGCACUGUGCAGUGCUAAGAACCACUGAUGUCAACUGAAGGAAGGACUUGGAGGUGGAAGCGGUGAGGGGCCACGGACCUGAGGGUGCUGGCUCAGCAUCAUGCAGCGGUACCACAACCCCACGAUGCUUUCCCUACCCCGAGCGUUACUGGCUGGAGCUGGAGCAUUCCAGGGCAUGGCGAGGUGCCGUGGCUCUCUCAGAUGCCUUAAAUCCAAUAGGAAGAAGAAUUUUUACCACAAGUCCCAGAAUAGGCUUGAGUUAGGCAAACCGAAUGCUAAUUUGUUUUCUCCCAGUCUGUAAUCUCUUUUCUGCUGCUUCUGUUCACCUUUUCCUUAUGGACAGGAGGAAAAGAAAGAUUAUUCUAUUCAGUCACUGAAAAGUCCCCCAGCAACGGAUAAAGCUGAAGAGAACAGCACUCUUCCUUGUGGCUGGUGAAGAAGGAGAGAUAGGGCUUAGGUGUCUCACAGAGAUACACAUCUUCUGGACAAGCUCCGGACAAGCACAGGCCUCCUUCCUACAGACCAGCUGGAGGGAAGAAGGCUGCAGGGCUGAAUCAGGCCCACCCAGCACCUGAGCUUCUCAUUCACUCCUAGAGCUGUUUCACUGUGGAUCGGGAGAGUUAAUGUAACCCCACUAGACCAUCAGCUCCUUGAGGGCAGGACUGUGCCUUAUAUCAUCAUUGAAUCCAUAGAACCUAUCAAGUACCUGGCAUGGAAUAGGUGCUACAUCGAUGCCUGUUGAAUGCAUGAAUGAAUGAGUGAAUCUGCCUUGCUGUGAGGCAGUCAAAUCUUUAGACACCCCCACUCCCUGCCAAACCUCCUCUGAGCUCUAGCUUUUCUAAUAUUUGAGCCUGUGGUUAAGCACGCACUUUAAUUUGCUUUCAACACUAGGUAACCAAAUCCACGGUAGAGUGGUCACCCCAUUCUCCUCAAGGUAGAAACUCUGAGUGCCUCCAGAAUGGCUGGGCACACUGAGGCUGCUCAGGUGCUGGGACCUGAGGGAUCCAGGCCCCCACCCGAAAGAUCUUCCCUCUCAGAUCCGUGUUCCACUCUAAAUUGCUUAACUCAAGAUUCAUUCUUUGAGGUUGAAGAAAUAGUAGUAAAAUAAAGGCCUAAUUCAUGAAACCACCACUAGCCAUUAAUACCUUAUCAUAAAAUAGUUUUACCAGAUUCCUACCACUGCUUGCCUCCCCUGGCCACUGCCUCAGCUAAUGUAGGCUAGACCAGCCCCACCAGGAAACCUGACAGGUGGGUUUGAAGGGGACAAAGGGAAACAAGCCUACAGCUCACCACAGUGAAGGGGUCUGGGCAACGGGGGUAGGAGGAGGGCAUGGGAAGACAGGUGUUGCGGGGAGGAACCCUGAAACAGAGACGAAAGAUGAGGGCUUUGCCUGCCCAGGUGGCACUGCCCUGCCAGGAGAUGCCAGGAGUGUCGCUGAAGGUGGCUGGGCUGCUCCCACCCAGAGAAGCAAGGCUGCACUGGUGGGGGGCCUGAACUGAACACUGCUGUCCUUCAGGGCAAGAAGAGUCUCAUGAGACCUUCGGCUGGUUAGCUCCCCAGACCUCAUCCUGUUUCUCUCUGGCCUUCAGAGAGGACCACCUACAUCUCUGAUCUUUAAAAUAACCCUGGUGGUGGGUUGCUCUACCUUGCUCAGGAACCCAGGUAUCCCUGGUUCACAUUAGCCCGAAUCCCAGCUAUUGAAUCAGGAAACCAAACCAGACUCCCCCUUUGCCUGGGCUCCGGUUCAUGAAGGGGCUAUGGCCUCCCCCUUCCUAAUCUUCAUUCCCAGUGAAACUUUCAGACCCCUUCAUACUCAGAUCUCAGGGCGGGGUUACUUUUCGUUAAAGAAAAAAGGCCUCCCGUUGUAACUCAGUAGCCAAUGCACCAGUGUGCCGAAAGAAGCCCUCUUUGCUGCCUCUCCUGUGUCAGAGGCCCUGAAACCUGACCUGGCCUUUCAGGCGGGGUGGGGGUGGUAAUGAUGCUGUAAGGGUUUUGUGGUUUGAAAAAAGGAGGGCCCCGCAGAUCCACCCUCUGCACAGUGCCUUUACCCUUGAGCAUCACGGCCUCGCUGUCGGGUCCCAGCUUUCUUGGCCUGCACAGCAGCCCCGCCUUACAACUGCAGACCCUCACGCCUGCGCAGCGAGGAUCAAGUGGCCCAGUGGGGCAUCCUCCAGGAGACUCAGAGAAACAAGCCUCCCAGGAGAAGCCAUGUGUUCGGGGGAGUGUAACAAUGACAGUGUGUUUAGUGCUGAAUUCAGUUUGUCCUUAGGUCCGUCAGUCAGAUCUUUUCUUUUGGAAGGUUUUGGGCAUUAUGACACCCACUUUGUGUAGAUGGUUUUGGGUCACACCCACAGACAGGUGCCACGCUCACCCUUCAGCGGGUCAGCUUGCACUCACUACCCCCUCUGCAGCACACCAUCGUGGUCCUCAGCACUUGAAGUAGCUACUCACUUCAGAAGAACCGAUUCUCCAAUAUUUAGUCCUGUCACGAGGAAUCAAGUGCUGUCCUACUGUCAUGUAUUAGCAGUCACAGUGUGGAACUAAAAACUUACCUGUUUUUCCAUUUUUUUCUUUCCGUAUGGGCGUGGUGUUUAGGACAUACGGUGUUAGAAAAUUUUCUUGAUCAUGUCAAGAUCAGCAUAAAUUCUCCUUUGUCCUGUUUUGUUUCUUCUAAGUCUACUGUAUAUUACCUGAGCUGAAAUGUUGUGUAUUCAACUUCAUCUGCAUGUUUGAAGACCUUUCCAGUUCUGCCUCUAGUUGGCUCUUCUGAUUUAUACACAGAUUCCAAGUCCAUUUCCAUGGCUUCGCGGACGGGACCAUCACAUCAACUAAUCAGACUUCCCGCCAGUGUCCUAACUCCCAGAUCCCCUUGUAAACAA